ACAUGUUUUAACUGUGGUCAAUCAAAGCAGCUGUCUGAAUUCUUACAAGAGCACCCUAACCAUCACAUGUCAUCCGCAUGCUUCCCGGUUGUGCUGUGCUGUUCCCUUCUCACAUGGCUUUACAUCGAUCAACCAUGGCGAUGCUCUUGCUGAUGAUGUUCAAUUUAUCAUCAGCUCUGGACAUGUCGAUCAUAUCAUACGAUGAAGGCCAUCCCGACAAGACAAAGUCUAGUUGGAGAACCGACGACGAGGUUUUGGCCAUUUACGAGGAGUGGCUUGUAAAGCAUGGGAAAGCGUACAACGGGUUGGGAGAGAAAGAGAGGAGGUUUGAGAUUUUUAAGGAUAAUCUUAGGUUCAUCGAUGAACAUAACGCGGAUGAGAGCCACAGUUAUAAGGUUGGCUUGAACCGAUUCGCUGAUCUGACCAACGAGGAGUACCGAGCGAUGUUCUUGGGAACUAAGAAAGCCAACAGGAAGGUUUCCAAGACGAGUGAUCGUUACGCCCCUCGUUUGGGUGAGGAGUUGCCUGAUUCCAUUGAUUGGAGGGAGAAGGGGGCUGUGGUUGCGGUCAAAGAUCAGGGAAGUUGCGGGAGUUGCUGGGCUUUCUCAACUAUUGCUGCGGUGGAGGGGAUAAACCAAAUUGUUACAGGCGAACUCCUCUCACUCUCUGAGCAGGAGUUGGUGGAUUGUGAUACAUCCUAUAAUGAAGGAUGCAAUGGGGGCCUUAUGGAUUAUGCCUUUGAGUUCAUUAUCGACAAUGGGGGCAUUGACUCUGAAGAAGAUUACCCUUAUAAAGGUCGUGAUGGCAGAUGUGACCCCAACCGAAAAAAUGCCAAAGUUGUUUCCAUUGACAACUAUGAAGAUGUUCCAGAAAAUGAUGAGAAAGCAUUGAAAAAGGCAGUUGCAAAUCAGCCAGUGAGCAUUGCCAUUGAAGCAGGAGGCAGGGCUUUCCAGUUAUAUCAAUCAGGUAUAUUUGAUGGAAGAUGUGGGACACAACUGGACCAUGGUGUGACUGCUGUUGGAUAUGGCACGGAGAAUGGUAAAGACUACUGGAUUGUAAAGAACUCAUGGGGUCGCUACUGGGGAGAGGCAGGCUAUAUUAGGAUGGCAAGAAAUGUGGUCAAUACCGUAACAGGCAAAUGUGGAAUUGCAAUGGAAGCCUCUUAUCCUAUUAAAAAGGGUCAAAAUCCCCCCAAUCCUGGUCCCUCUCCCCCAUCUCCGAUAAAGCCUCCAACUGUUUGUGAUAAUUAUUACACCUGUCCCGAGAGCAAUACCUGCUGCUGUGUCUACGAGUACUAUAGCUACUGCUUUGCUUGGGGAUGCUGCCCACUUGAGGCUGCCAGUUGCUGUGAAGACCACUACAGCUGCUGCCCGCAUGACUACCCUAUCUGCAACGUAAAUGAAGGAACCUGCUUGAUGAGCAAGGGCAAUCCACUGGCAGUGAAGGCACUGAGGCGCACUCCUGCUAAACCUUUCUGGGCUCAUGGAAGUGUAGGCAAAAAGAACAGUGCUUAAGCAGAAGCCUGGUAUUUUAUGCAGUAGGUGAUGCUAAAGGGAGGAUGAAAGAAGCUUGACAGUGCUUAAUAUUCUCCUUGGUUUUAUCAUGCUGCAAUGCUCCUUUAUUUCAUUCUCAUACCGCGAUGGAUGGUUUAUAAAAAGCUACUCAGAUGCUAAUUAUGUAUAUAGCUUCCCGUUUAUCCAUGUUGCAUUUCGGAAACAGACAGAAACAUUGUCAAUUUCUGUUGUCCUCAGUGUAUCAUAUCAUCAUUUAGCAAUAACUUUUAAGAAUUGAUGAUUUCUUAAUCC